UUUUCCUUCGUUCAAUCAUUUCUGUUUACCACGUGCUGUUGUGUUUUACCUCGGCUAUUUAAUUUUUUUACCGCAUUUUAAACCAAAAUUUCAUCAAAAAUAGUUUUCAAAAUGAUUAAAACUAAAAAACAAAAUAAAAAUUCAAACUCUAAAGCUGAAGAAAAAACAGAAAAAACUAUUAAAAAAAUUAAAGAUGAGGUAUCAACAAAGGUAAAGAAGUUAAAGGGUCCAAAAACUGCAGCUUUAGUUGAGGCUGCAGCGGAACUUGUCGAGGCUUCCGAGUUACCCAAAGUGACUCCAGCUAAAAAAGACAAAAAGCCUAAAAAAGAAGAAGUCGUUGUCGAAGAGUCAUCCUCGGAUAUUGCUGAUGAAUCUGAAAAUGAAGAAGAUGACGAGCAAAUUGAAAAUGAUUCUGAUGAAGAAGUUUCAGAAGAUCAAAAAAAUAAAAAACCCAAAGCGAAAAGAAAUAAACCAGUUGGCUAUGGCCGCAUUAUUUAUGUUGAAAAUUUUCCAACUACUUUCAAUCGGUCAAAACUAGCAAGUCUCUUCUCUCCGUACGGAAAGAUUUUGUCAAUUAUUUUUACUUGUAAAGCAAAACAUACAUAUUUCAACAAUGACAUUGGAACAAAUUGUGCUUUCAUUGUCUUUGAUGAUUACCAGGCUUCUAGUAAAGCACUUGAGCUCAAUGGCAAAGUUGUAGCUAAUCAGGCUUUGAUUGUGAGGAAUCCAGAAAGGAAAGGAAGAUUCAGACCUCUCGAAUCAGUUUUAGUUUCAAAUUUGAAGCUCUCUGUCACUGAAGAUCAAAUCCGUGAGGUACUCCCGUACAGUGGCAAAAUAGAGUUUAUUAAAACUUGGCGUGGCACUGAAUCAAAAUCAGCGAUAGCUUUCAUUGAAUUGAGGGAUGUCCAUAAACUUCGUGACACAUUGAGACACAAUGGAACUUUGUUGGACGGUCAAGCAAUUCAAAUUGACAGAGUAGAUAUCGAGAAAACAGUCUUCGUAGGAGGCUUGAAUAAGUCUACUACAGAGGAUGGCCUUCGAAAUGUCUUUUCGAGUUGUGGCGAAAUAGCAUUUGUUCUAAUUAAAUUUGGUACAAAUGGUUAUGUUAUCUUCAAAGAUACUGAAUCUGUUGAAAAGGCUUUGAAGCUUGAUAGCACUGUGAUUGAUGAGUCAAGCAUAAAAGUAAAAAAAUAUAUCAUCAAACCAAAAAAAGCAAUUAGAACAAAUAGUGGCACAUAUUUGGGUAAGAAGCCGAAUAUUGGUGGCAAAUAUUUGGGUAAGAAGCCGAAUACUGGUAGCAAAUAUUUGGGUAAGAAGCCAUUCGACCCCAAUUUUCGAAAAAUUAAGGAGACAGGAAAUAAAAAGCCCGUGGAGAAGGUAGUGGCUUGAUUAAUUUGAAUUGUAAAGUAUAAAAAUUUUAAAUAUAAUGAAAAUACAGACAAAUUUUUAUGCA